UUAGCUCAAAUUUUAAAAAAACUUACCUUAGUUAAUUAAUUGCUUAUUAAAUAAGAUAUUCUUUAAUAUUUUUAUUAAACAAACACACGAAUUGUCAGUCGAAAAAAGAAGUGAAUGAAUGGACCGUUGUGACCCCAUAACUUUGAUCGGUACGACCCCAACUAAUUUUUGAGAAAAUAAACUGAAUUUUCAAAACAAGGAUUAAAAAUGGCAUUUUUAUUAGUAUUAAAAUGGAUUAAGAAAUGUCCAUUUGGGGCUGGUCCACAGGGUCAACCGAUGGACCGAUUUUUUUCCUGGGGUCCUCUUGUACAAUAUUAUGGGCAAGUCCUCGUAGUCAUGUACGAAAAAAGUAUACAUCUGGGCAAAAUUGAAGAUGUCAUAUAUGUGACAUAUAUUCAGAUUUGCCUGGAUAUAUACUUUUUUCGUAGAGGGUAUUUAUCAGGUAAUUUUUGUGAUUGGAGCCUUGACUAAAAUCUGCAGACAGUAUUCUUAUGAAAUCCGGCUUAUUCAAGUCAUCCGUAAGAAUAAACUUGCUACGGGACUUUCGACAAGUAACCUGCUUAAGACAAUGCUACCAAAGAUAUAUUAAUAGGUUUCCGAGACCCGUUUUCUUCGUGCAGUAUAAUGAAAAUUAAAUAGUUUGUUGGUAUAAUAAAAAUCAAUACCAAAUUUCAAAUUUUUAUGUUAUUUUUUUUUUUUGCUUAUAGUUCCCAGGGUGUUCUAUUUAUUUAAUAUCCUUUGUUAUUAUGACCCAUUUAUUUAUACGAUCCCCGGGGAUUUAUUGCCUUAUUGAUUGUAUGACUGCGCAUCCUUAAUUACUGAACCCGGAAAUCUGCUGACAGCAGAUUCAGUCCCGCUCGAACUCUCUUACAAGCUUGUAACGAUCCAGCUCCACUAAAUAAUAAUUAACGUGUCAAAUAAUUAAAAUAGAAAAAAAUCUUGAAUUAUGAAAGUCAAUUGCUCAAGUUUAUCAGUAGAAAUACAUGAAAGUUUAGUUCGCCAUUAUUAUGAGAAAUCUCCGAAAUCACGAUUUGCUGUCAUAUUCACCGGAGUUUUAUAUGUCGGAAUGACUACUGGAUUUAUGUUUGGAGUAUCAGCGUCAGUGAUUGCAGCCGUUGUUUAUUUACGUGAAGACAAACAUGAUGUCUGUAAAAAUGUUUUAUGCGAAGGGCUAACAUUUGAAAAUGUUAUUAGAAUGAUCUUCAGUAAAAAAGUAGCAUUCAAUUCGGUAUUUCUGCUUGGGUUCUUUACUGUUAUAUAUAAUUUAAUAACGGUAUUCAUUAUGAUAGAUGUUAUCAAGAAAAGAUUCAGACCACAUCUAGUAUACGUAUUUGGAGGGGCACUGAGUGUUUCAUUAGUAUGUGAAGGUUGUAAUAUUCAGAAGUUGUUCGAACGUAAUAUACCAUUUGACGUUAUUUUUAUGAUCCUGAUUCUGGCUGCAUUCUUCAUCUCAGCCCAACUUGUAUUAACAUAUACUAUCUUUAUGCACUACUCAAAUAUAUGUGCUCAAGAUAGAAAGUACUCAGUCGAUCCAGCCACUGGACUGAUAGUGGAUAAAAUACCGGAGGCGACCAAAUUAGAAUCUUACUCGAAAAUGAGUAACACAUGUAAUCUUCAAGCUCAAGAUAAUGAACUCAUAUAAAAGGUUUAGAUUUUAUCUAAAGAUAUUAUCGAUUCAUAUCUUUAGUACAAAUAUGAUAUAUUUAUUUUGAAACCCGUCCAAAUAUUUAAAAGUCCAAAUUGUGUGAAACAUAAUAAUUGUCCGACAUAUAUUUGUGUCAAUUGAAAUUUACAAAUAUUAACUUUCUCAAAGUGAAUCAGUAAAAAUUACUCCGAUUAGAGAAUAUUCACUGACUGCCAUUGUUUUCACUUAUUCAUUUUAAGAAAGAUUAAAAUAUAUAUAACUUACCCUAGUGGAUCCAAAUUACCGUAGUCUACCGCAAAUUUGCGGUAAAUUAUGGUAAUUUACGGUAAUCUACCAUAACUUACCGUAAAUUACGGUAGGUUCUCGCGAGUCACCGCAAUUUACGGUAAAAUGUCAUAUUUUACGGCAAUCCUAAGACCGAAAAUUACGGAAAAUUGUGGUAGAAAAAGCGCAAUUUUAGUCAAAUUUGCGGUAAAAUACCGCGCUCUUGCCUCAAAUUUUACGGUAAAUAUCCGCAAUUUUACCGUAAAUUUGCCGUAAAGUAGGUAUUUACGGUAAUUUGCGGUAAAGUACCGUAAUUUGUCGUAAUUGGCGGUAAUAUCCCGCAAUUUGCGGUAAAUUACGGUAAUUCUUCUGCAUGUCGUAAAUUGCGGUAAUUUACGGUAAACUACGGUAAUUUACCGUAAUGCGGAUCUACUAGGGUACAUAAUAAAUGUGUUUAAAAAUAUCGAAUUUACAAAUUGUUAUUUACAUAACGAAAAAAAUAUAUUAGACAAAAAGCUCAUGAUUAAAAUCGUAAAUAACAUUUUUUACGUUAUUUUAAAUUAGCUACUCUCUAAAAAUCACUGACCCACAGUGCACACUCAGCAUUUUUACCAGUGAAGUCUAUAACAAUAAAUAACUCGAAACUCACUAAUUUGAUUAUCAAAUUUAUCACUAAUGAAUCAGUGAAACCAUACCACUAGCUUAAUCAGUAAAUUUACUAAUUAUUUCUGUGGAAGGUAUAGGAGAAUCCGAGAAAAUUAAAUAACGUCAUCAGCAAAAAUCGGUUUAUCGGUUGACCCUGCGGGCCAGCCUUAAUACUUCCCGCUGUUUUCGAGCUCUUCGAGCUUAAAAAUACAUUUGUAUGCCGUUGUUUUUGAAAAAAACCGAUUUUUACCAUUUUUCCUCCAACGAUUUCUCCCAUAUAAAGUUUGGAAACCGGCCCUUGGAUGGCCCAUCACCGGGCGAAGUAUGAUGAUUAACCCGUGGCUAGUCAAUCGCAACUUUUAAUGGCCGUUGAACGGCUGAAUAUACAAAUGAUAACCCCCGGCUCAUCAACGACGAUCGACUAUUGGCCGAUUAAUGGCAGCCAGCGAUCGGCCAAGCAAGCGAAUAAAUUUAAUUGAAAAAAAUUUUUACUAUUGUUAUCCUAGUAGAGUUCAUGAUCAUUUACGUUUAAACUAAUUAAGUGAGGUAAAUGUUGUUGGAAAACCUCGAUGAAAAGUUCUGCUGGACUCCGGGCGCGAACUGCCGUCCUUCUGAUUGCUGGGUCUGAACGGUAGCUACUGGCCAAACCUACUAAUGUUGAGCUGAUACUUUUAAAUGAUCUACUCAUUCAUUCUACUACAACCACUCGGUUUUAUGAAAUAUAAAGAGGAAUUUAAUUGAUAUUUUCAAUUAUUCAGAAAGAAAAUAAAAUAAUUUCGUACUAUUUUUAUUAUAAUCACAUAAUUUUUGAAAAUAAAACUUAUGAAAUUUACUCGAUUAUUUAUCAAGGACCUAGUUAAAUAGAAAUAGCUCAAAGAGCUCGAAAGUGUAUUCACGACCAUGUUUUCGAGCUCAAGGAGCUCAAAAACAGCGGGAAGUUUUGGGGCUAGCCCGCAGGGUCAACCGAUAGACAGAUUUUUUUUUCAGUGAGUCCUGAAAUCAGAACUAGUGAUGCGCAAUCGAAAUCAAUCAAUCGAACAAUCGAUGUUUUCGUUUCGAUUGUCGAUUUUUUUAAAUCGAUUGUAAGCCUUUCGAUUAAUUGAAAAAAAUCGAUUCUUUUUUUUGAAAACGAUUUUUAAACAUCGAUUUUUUGUAAAAUUAAUUGAGAAAAAAAAUUUGUUUUUUAAAGUCAUUUACUCAAACAUUAUAAAAAUUGUUUGACUAAUACAGGCAAACAAAUGAUAAACAACUUAAGCGAAAUGAUUAAAGGUGAUGAUCUAUAAUUUUAUAGAUCAAAAUUUUACGCUAUUUGAAAAAUUAAAAAAUAAUCGAUUUUAACAAUCGAUUUUUAUUCAAACAAUUCUACAACUCUAAAGUUGCGAUGAAAUAAUCGAUUUUUCACAAUAAUAAAUUAUUAAUUAAAUACAAUACUUCACUUAUUGAGAAAAUAUUUUUUUUUCUGAACUGUUUUUUACUGAAAAGUUCAAAUAAAAAAUUAAUAAACAUAAACAAAGUAUUUUAUUUGAUAUUAUUUUGAAUAUAAAUGACCAUAUGAAAAUUUCAUAUUUCGAAAUACAAACUUAUAUUUAUACGCGGUAAUAUUUAACUUUAAAAUAAAAUUUCGAAAUCGAUUUUCCAAAAUAAAUUGUUAGAUGGUCGAUUGUGCAACUUUAAAGUUGGGAGCAAAUAAUCGACCGUCAAAUAAAGUAAAUAUUAAUAAUUUUGAAUUUGUGAUUUUGGACUCAUAUUCAUUUUUUGAUUUUGAACAAAAAUUUAUAAAAUCGAUUCUACACAAUCGAUCAUUAAGCUAUCGAUUUUCCAACUAUAAAGUUAGGAGAAAAAAUAAUCGGUUUUUUUAAUCGAUUAUGUCAAUAAUCGAUUGUUCAGAAACGAUUAAUUACCAUAAUCGAUUGUCUUCAGUCGAUUCUAUUCGAUUGUGAACAAUCGAAUAGUUGCUUCGAUUUCGGCAACACUAAUCAGAACUCAAAGGCCGCUAAAAAAUCGCUGCAUCCACUGUGCUGUUGAUCCAUAAAAAUUCAUUUUUCAUUACAAUUUUAAUCAAGAGCUUUUUAAUAGAAAACGGAUUUACAAUGUAUUAAAUACGUAAUAAAUAUGAAUGCUCGUAAAUGUCGAUUAAAAUAUAUAAUCUCUCUAUGUGAUCUGAAAAUUGGAUUCCCAAUUAUUUUAUAUUGAUUUUACUCUAUAUAUUACUCAAUAAUAUGAUUAUUAAGACGAUUAAUGUUCAACCCACGAAACCGUUCAAUGUGGUCUAUAUUUAAAUAUAUACAUGUUAAUUAUAUACGAAUAAAAUUAAAACGAAGUUUGAACUCAAUAUUAUAUACAAUAUUAUACUUAUAAGUACCUAAAUGUUAAUGAGUGAAUUAAAAUGAUAUACCAUCAUAUAUUUGUUCAUUAUAAACAAACAAAAUACUUAUAUAAUUAUAUUUAAUAUAAUUAAAAAUUAAUUAUAUAUUUUAUACA